AAUCUGUAGUCAGUGUACUUCUGACUUGUGAAUAGAUGUGCCAAUCUAGUAAUUAUUUGUUAUAACCGUGGACGAUACGUUUUAUGUCAAAAUUUAUUUAUUUCUCCUUUACCGCUGAUAAGAGAGUCUGUUAAUAUUUUCUAUUAAGAAAACUAAUACUGAUUAUUUAUAAUUCACAUGACAAUUAAAAUGUAAUGAAACUAUUGUCUACGAGUGUUUUGUUAUUAUGUAUUUGAUGUCAUGACUACAGACUACGGAGAAUUAGCAUCAAGGAAUUAUUGAAACAAAAGCUCUGUGACAUAACAAGCAUAUGGCUUGAGCGGUCUUAGUCUUAAUCUACUUAUGUUUCGGUUCACUUACUGAGCUUCUUUCAACGAGUGACAACAGUGAAAGUGAUAGAGUCUUAAGUGAUUAUGUGAGUGAAGAUGUCGAAGGUUUUGACGUCGCUGGGUGGUGCACUUCCGGACGAGCGGCCUCUUCUGUCUCUGCAGAUCGUGGAGAGUCUAGCCAAGUGUCCUGCUGGUUAUUGGGCCGUCAGUCGGACCUAUGACGAGGAUGCUGACGCGGGUCUUCUUAGACAGGCUGGUCUCUUCGGCAAGAAACCCAGCCAUUACAUUUGCUUGUCUAAAUCAGAGGGAGUUCCGGGGUACGUGAUGGACGGGGUGCUAGUGCUGGGGGAGCGAGAGGCCACACCGGCGGGUUACAGCGUGGCGGGGAGGCUCGGCAAGCGGCGGCUGUGCACGCACGUGUCCCGAGCCCCGGCCGCCGCCCCCGCAGCCACGGCCGCCCUCGUCACUGACGUCAUCGUCUGCUCCAAGAUGAGAAGUGCGCCGAGAGGAUUCGUGCUAGCUGGUGAGAUCAACGGCAAAGUGGUCUGCUACAAGGUGAGCGGCGGCAGCGCGGACGUUUCCCCCACACACGCGCCCGCUGACUACGAGAACGUCGUGUCUAAUGUGACGCCAGAAGCAGUCAGAAGUUCGUUGUCGGUUAAAUUUUACGAACAUUUCAAACAACGCUGGCGCGGCUGCACCGGACUGCGAGCUGCACCCGAGCGACCCCCCAAGCUGGCUCCCCUCGUGUCCGACAUCAAUAACUUGAAUUUGAAGUCUCCCUCGGACGAGUUCACAUCCGAUCACGACUACGAGGCGUUAAGUCCAUCGUACAACGUGAAGCCUGUCCGACCGGCCCCUCGCCCGCCCUCGGCGAAGUCCCCAGUCCCUCAGGGAAGCCCUACGCCCGCGUCUCCAGCCGGCGCCGGCCGAAGAAAGGGUCCCGCGCCUCUCCCCAAGACCCCCAACUAUCACACCCUGGGCGGCUACAACGGCAUGGAGGGCGUUCCAUUCGUACUGAACCCCAAAUUACGCGGCUUGCCCAGCGAUACCUUGAACCAGCUGCCGGAGAUCAAGCAGAGGACGCGCUUCGAGCUCGAUCGUGACUACUCUUACAGCUUCACGGUGGAGCGACAGACGUGAUGACGUCACGCGCUCCCCCCCACUCGCCGCUUACGGCGUCUAUAUCAUUACGCAAUAUAUAUAAACCCACUGUCAGGACUACGAUGCACAAACGACUCGUCGUCGGAGACUGCCGCUCGCGGCACAAAGUUGUUUUAGGUUCUGUUUUUAUUAUUUUAAUAUACAAGUACUAUAUGGUUCGUGAUCGAAUAGUCUAUACACUGAUAGCGUAACGCGGGGACGGCUGGAGCGACAGCCCGCUAAUAGUUAAUGUUAAUAUAGAAAGGUUCGGGAACAUAUCGUGGAGGAGUUGUGAUGACGGGGCGCGGACUAAGACUGAUGUACAAUGAAGGGAACAAGGGUAUAUACAGAGAGACGGAGAGAGGUGGGGGAGUGCGGAGGGGGAGCGGUACAUGCAACUCACGGGCUGAGAUUAAUUAUGUAAUAUUAAGUAGUACGUUCAACGACCGCGAUUCGCUCGUGGGCCGCAGCGGAGGCCCAAUAAAGUAUCUACAAUUAAGAGUGCUUG